AUGAUAAAGCAAACUGUUUUCGCUAUGAAACCUUGGACCACCCCUGGUCCAGAUGGUUUCCCACCAGUUUUUUACCAAACCAUGUGGGACAAAGUUGGAAAUGAUUUAGUUAAAAUGGUACAAUCUUUUUUCCAUGCAAAGCAUAUUUUAAAACAAAUGAAUCAUAACUUUAUCUCCUUGAUUCCUAAGAAUAGUUAUCCUAAGAAUCUGGUUGACUUUAGACCAAUAAGCUUAUGUAAUACUUCUUAUAAAGUUAUUUCUAAGCUCUUGGACUCUAGAAUCAAAGUCAUCUUAGAGAAAACUAUUACUCCUUAUCAAACUGCUUUUGAUACUGGUGGAUGCAUUACUGAUAAUAUAGUGAUUGCUCAUGAAUUUGUGGAUUAUAUGAAAAAGAUCAAAGCUAAGAAAGUGUGGAUGUCCAUCAAGUUGGAUAUGUCAAAACCAUUUGACAGGGUUGAAUGGCCUUUACUCCUUAACACCCUUAAGAAGCUGGGUUUUUGUAAUGAAUUUUGUACUAUGAUAGUUCAAUGUAUGAGUACGGUUUUCUACGUCCAUCCUUUUGAAUGGAUCUCCAGAGCUUUACUCUCUGCUGAAAAUGAUAAUCUUAUUCAUGGUAUAAAACUCAAUGAACGUUGUCCUGCAGUUUCUCACAUUUUCUUUGCAGAUGAUUGUCUCAUUUUUGAUAAAGCCAAUGCUAAAGAAGCAAGAAAUCUGUCAUUUUCUCCCCUUCUUGAAAGAUAUGGUGAUAGGCUUGCUGCUUGGAAACCUAAAUUUCUUAAGCUUUCAGGUAAAACUAUUUUGACUCAAUCUGUGUUAGGAAGUUUAGAUUCACAUCAUAUGUCUGUUUUUCCUAUUCCCAAAACUCUGACUGAUAAAAUGGAUGCUAUCCAAAUGAGGUUUCGGCGGAACAAACAAAAAGGAAAAAGAGGUGGUUAUUUCAAAAAGUGGAAAACUAUUGCUCAACCUAGAUUCUUAGGAGAUGGGAAAUACUUUCAUAAUUUUGAUCCUUUGAAUGAUAGUUUAACUGCCAACGGUUCCUGGAUUUGGAAUGACAUUUGUAGGGGUCUUGAAAUAGUUAAGAAAUAUGCAUGCUGGAAAAUUCUUAAUGCCUUGUUUGAUGCUAAUACUAUUAUUAAAAUUCAAGACAUUAGAAUCCCUUUUGAUUGGCAAGAUUGCCUCAGGUGGCAACCUAAUUCUAGUGGUUCUUUCACUGUCAAAUCUGCUUAUAAAGCUAUUUUAAAUGAUAUGAAUCAAAAGACAGGUUUUGUUUAUACUGUACCAAUCUCUUGGAACUCAAUAUGGAAAACCAACCUUCCUGGUAAUAUUCUGUUUUUUCUUUGGAAAUGUUUACAUAAUUGUCUCCUUGUUGGUGAAAAUUUAGUCAGUGUUAGGAAUGUCGUGAUAAAUAAUGUUACCAGUGAUAUGGGAAAUGUUCAGUUUAAUGAUUGGUCGUGUAGCACGUUUCAGGUUAAUAACAAAGGAAGAUACAUAGUAAGUAUUGUAGAAUGGAUAAGAAAUGCAAAUUCUGUAUCUGUUACUAAUAAUCAUGCUCCUAUUAAUCUACACUGGGAAACACCUAUCCAACCUUUUACAAAGCUUAACUUUAAUGCAUCAUACGAGGAAGCAACACAUAUUAUGGGAAGUGCACUAAUAUUAAAAGAAAUUGCAGCGACAACAGAUGGGAUUAGAUGUAGCAAGAAUAGAGCACUAGAUCCUGAACAGGCUGAAGCUAAAGCUCUCCUAGAUGCUGUUUUAUGGGCCAAAGAUAAAGGUAUAGCCGCUUUGCACCUCCAGGGAGACUGUCAAAAUGUCAUAAAUACUGUUAAUGGCAAUUUUGAAGCAAUAAAAUGGACAACCAAAAAUGUAGUCAUGGAUGUUUUAAAGAUUUUAUCGUCUUUUAGUAGUUGGAAAUGUACUUUUAUGUAA